UCGGCUCCCUUCUCCAUGGACUCGCUUUACAGACUCCCACGUCAUGGCGUGAUAUUUACUCUAAGGACGUCAUUCUCUCUACACAUUCAUACUACGGACUCUACGUGACCCACAACACUUACUUACAUCUGUAUUGUGACGAUUGGUACGAUAGGCUAGACAUGAACCGGUUUGAGAUGAACGCACUGUUUCUUUGUAUGCUGUGGAUUGUCUCCGCGGCACAGGAUGACUGCAAGGGAAAAGCUGACAGGAAACUUGGAAUCUGCCAGCCUUGUACAGACUGCGCGGAAAUGGAUGUGAACAAGUUCGUUGGCAAGCCCUGUGGUCCGUCUGCUGAUACAGUGUGCUGCCCCAGGCCCAAUAUGACAGUUGAAGGAAAUGAGUGCCACGAGAGAGACAACUUAACUACCAUAUCCUAUUCCACAGUGGAACCUAGAGAAAUGACAACCAGCAAGACGACUCAGGACGAGAAGAAGCCCAACAACGAGAGUUCACAGAACCAGAUUUCACAGAUCGAGAUUUCACAGAACGUUGCCCAAGCCACAAGACUGAACAUUUUCACAUUUAUAUUUUGCUAUUUCUUUCAAGUACUGUUUUAUAUCAUUAUUUAUUAAUUUAUUUUAUUUAUUUGAUUACUUUAUUUAUUCAUUAAUAUUACUUCAUCAAUAAGAUUGUAUCAUUGGCCAUUGUGGGGGGGGGGGGCCUUCCUUCAGGGAAUAACACCAGGAGAAAGCAGAAGAAGCAGACAGAGAAAACGAUAGGAAGUCAACAUCAGAGAGUGGCAAGGGGCUCUACUCUAGGCGAAUGACAGAGCGCAAGGGAAGACAAUAUAAUUAACAUGUAGGCCAUCAAGUAAAUUAGCCUCUCUAAAAAAAAAAAAAUAAGCAAAGUGUUCCGCCAAAUACCCAGAAUGUGCGAAGUGUUCCUUCAGGGAAUAACACCAGGAGAAAGCAGAAGAAGCAGACAGAGAAAACGAUGGGAAGUCAACAUCAGAGAGUGGCAAGGGGCUCUACUCUAGGCGAAUGACAGAGCGCAAGGGAAGACAAUAUAAUUAACAUGUAGGCCAUCAAGUAAAUUAGCCUCUCUAAAAAAAAAAAAAUAAGCAAAGUGUUCCGCCAAAUACCCAGAAUGUGCGAAGUGUUCCUUCAGGGAAUAACACCAGGAGAAAGCAGAAGAAGCAGACAGAGAAAACGAUGGGAAGUCAACAUCAGAGAGUGGCAAGGGGCUCUACUCUAGGCGAAUGACAGAGCGCAAGGGAAGACAAUAUAAUUAACAUGUAGGCCAUCAAGUAAAUUAGCCUCUCUAAAAAAAAAAAAAAAGCAAAGUGUUCCGCCAAAUACCCAGAAUGUGCGAAGUGUUCCGUUUAGGAAAAGGUUUGGGAAGUACUGCUCUGCGGGAUCUCAAUGUUGCAAGUUGUAGUGACCAGCCUGCUCAGAUAUACUUUGUCUUUUCGUGUGGGUGAUAUCGACUGGGAAGUAAUCCUUGUUAGAUUAACGGGCAUUUAAACAUUUUUAGAGAUAGUUUUUUUGUUUUU